CGUCUGUUAGCAUUUCUGCGCUCAGAAAGGUCACUUUGAUUUUUUGGUGCGCAGAAUGAACAUUUCAAGCAUUUCACUUCUGCGCGUGUUGAAGAACGAAGAAGCGCAUCAAUCCUUUACUUGAUCGUGGAAGGGAGCGUCGCCUGCUAAAAUUUUCAGAAGCCAUGAAGAAGGAGUCACUGCUAGUGUCGCUACUCCUAGCUACAGUAGUGGAUGCAGCCCGCGAAACGAAGCAAAACUCCACAGAUGCAAUCUGCGUGUUUCAAGUUGGCAAUGCAAGCGGCUACGUUUCCUUUCACCAGGACCUCGACGGCAAGAACGUGACGGUACAUGGCAACAUAACCAACCUACCGCAAGGGAAGCAUGGUUUUCACGUUCACGAAUACGGCGACUUGUCGAAGGGUUGCUCGUCGACGGGCUCCCACUAUAAUCCAAACAAAAGGAAUCAUGGUGCUCCGGAUGUCGAAGACCGUCAUGUAGGAGACCUGGGAAACAUCGAAGCAGACGAGUGUGGCGUCGCAGUGUUUAAUCUGACGGACCAUCUUCUGACUCUGAACGGCGAGCACUCCAUCAUUGGCAGAGCUGUUGUGGUUCACGCCGGCGAGGAUGAUCUCGGCCGUGGCGGUCACAAUGACAGUCUGACAACAGGACACGCCGGAGGUCGCCUAACUUGCUGCGUUAUCGGGAUUCGGCAGAAAUCGAAUAAAUAAA